AUUACAAUCCCAAACGCUUUAUAGCGAGAGAGGAAACUGAAAACCCUACAGCCCAAUACUCUCUCUUUCUCGUUACUUCUUCAAAAGGGGUCAGCAAAUCCAAAUCCCCUCUCAUACUCUCUCUCUCUACACACUUUUUAUAGUUGCAGAGUUAGAUUUGUCAAUCGAUCUUCGUUGCUGCUGCUACAACUAUGGCGGCAGAGAGUUCUAGAUCUAGUUCAUCUGCCGAUUCCUACAUCGGCAGCUUGAUUAGCUUGACAUCCAAGAGCGAAAUGAGAUAUGAGGGCGUUUUGUACAACAUCAACACUGAAGAGUCCAGUAUCGGAUUACGAAACGUGAGAUCAUUUGGGACGGAAGGACGGAAAAAAGAUGGUCCACAAGUUCCCCCUAGUGACAAAGUUUACGAGUACAUUCUGUUCCGUGGAAGUGAUAUCAAGGAUUUACAGGUUAAAUCUUCUCCGCCUGUUCAGACUUCACCACCCAUAAACAGUGAUCCCGCUAUUAUUCAGUCUCACUACCCUAGGCCUCCUGCUACAUCUUCAAACUUGCCUUCUGCUGUUACUGGGCCUCUGACAGAUCUUAGUUCCCAUACUGCACAGUUGGGACAUCCAGCGUCAAGUUUCCAAGGUGGCUUGCCGUUGUAUCAACCUGGAGGGAAUUUAGGGUCAUGGGGGCCUUCUCCCCCUCCUCCAAGUGCUAAUGGCAGUGGAUUACCUAUGCCAAUGUAUUGGCAAGGAUUUUAUGGGCCCCCCAAUGGGCUCCCCCACUUGCACCAGCAAUCCUUGCUUCGACCACCACCUGGGCUAUCAAUGUCUCCUUCCAUGCAGCAGCCAAUGCAGUAUCCUGGAUUCAAUGCCUCUCUGCCAACUGGAGCAUCUAAUUUACCGGGUUCAAACUUGUUGGAAUAUCCUUCUCCUCUGGUUCCUGCUACUACUACCAGUUCCCUUAAUUUGGCAUCUGUGUCUUUGCCACCUUCAACUUUGCCGUCAACCCUGCCUCCAGCACCAUCUAUUGCACUAGCUCCUGAAACACUACCUGGUUUAAUCCUAAACAAGGCUCCUAAUCCUAUCCUGCCUGCAGCAAUGCUAAAUACUGACUUGCCCACACUUUCUCCUUUGAUUACAUCGAGUCCAGAUACAAAUGCUGUUGUACCACCAAUCUCUAACAAGCCUACUGCAAUUUCUGGUCCAACUUUGCCAUAUCAAAGCAUGUCUUAUCCCAUAUCCAGUAUUGUUGGGACAUCCAGUUCAAGUCAGACAGAAGCACCUACAACUUCUCCUGUAACCCCAGGUCAGUUGAUGCAGUCUGGAUCAACUGCAGUUUCUUCAUCUCAGUCUUCACAAAUAGCUCACAAGGAUGUGGAGGUUGUUCAAGUAUCAUCAUCGCAAUCAUCAUCACCAUCAGAACCAUCAGCGCCAGUUAUGGCAGACGCUCAACCACCAAUAUUGCCACUACCGCAACCUUCACGUGGCGUCGAAAAGCUGAAUGGGGCUCCUUUUUAUAGUCAUCACGGCUACAGAGGGCGUGAAAGAGGAAGAGGAAUUGGGAGUUCUCGCCCAGUGACCAAAUUUACUGAGGAUUUUGAUUUUAUGGCAAUGAAUGAGAAAUUCAAGAAGGAUGAAGUAUGGGGCCAUCUUGGCAAAAGUAACAAAUCUCACAAAGAAGGGGAUGGGAAUGGCACUGACGAAGAUGAUUAUCAAGAUGAAGACAAUGCCGAAUUAGUGAAAUUUGAGAUGAAACCCAAUUACAAUAAGGAUGACUUUUUUGAUUCCCUCUCUUGCAAUGCUCUUGAUCAUGAUUCAAAUAAUGGAAGGACUAGGUUCUCUGAGCAAAUGAAGAUAGACACAGAGACAUUUGGUGAUUUUUCAAGGUACCGGGGUGGCCGAGGUGGUCGUGGGCCUGGGCGUGGUGGUCGUUUUCGAGGCUCGUAUUAUGGAAGGGGGGGCUACGGCUACGGCUACGGCUACGGCUACGGCUACGGCUACGGCUACGGCUAUGUUGGGAGGGGUCGUGGCAGGGGGGGCAUGUCAACUCGUGAUUCCUAAGAUAGUAUGUGGUAGUUUCCAAAUGUUUGGGUAGAAAUUAAAGCUUGAUUUAGGACUGUGCUUGUAAUGUUUGUGCCUCUUACUCUUCAUUGGCCGAAAAAUAAAAUUAGGAUUUGUGGUAUUUUUUUACAUGUCUUAAAAUCUCUUUGCUCUUAAUCAACAUUAAUUUUUGUUUGUUUGUUUGUCUUUUUUCUUCUUUCUGGAUAUGCAGCUUGUUGUAGAGAAGAAUUGAUGUAAUAAUAGUAUCCCAACAAGGUAAGGUUGGUUCAUGUGAUUAGCAGAAAUUUGAAUUGAAAUUUUACUGUUAUACAACAAAAAA